AUGAUUUCGGAGGAGUCAAAUAAGAUUAAAUCUGAGUCUAUUGAAAGUGGCAAUGGUUGGACUAAAUGUGUUUUUGAAACAACAAAUCAAUUUAUAACUAGUGAGGUAUUCAAAAGUCGGAAUGAAUUAGUUAACUGGACUCGUGAAGAAGGAAGAAAGUGUGGAAUAGUAGUUGUAAUCAGGAAGUCUGAUGCUCCAGGGAAUUGUAGGUUAAAAAGAGGGCGAAUAACUUUUGGUUGUGAGAGAGGUGGCUUUUAUCAAAAGAAUAGUAUAGCCUCAGAAUGCAUGCAAAAGAAGAAGCUUAAUGCCAGUCUGAAUCCUCAAAAGAAGAAGCGUGAUAGGAGUGGUGGUACAAAGAGGUGUGGUUGCCCAUUUCGCUUGAAGGGCAAAAAUGUUGGCCCUGAGGAUGAGUGGACCCUUGAGGUGGUAAAUGGGAUGCAUAACCAUCAUGCUGCAAAGUAUCCUGAAGGGCAUUCCUAUCUGGGGCGAUUAACCAAGGAAGAAAAUAAUUUGUUGGUUGAUAUGUCAAAGAACUUGGUAAAUCCAAAAGAAAUAUUAUACACUUUGAAGCAAAAUGACCCACUCAAUUCAAGCACUAUGAAGACAAUCUACAAUGCUCGACAUAUUCAAAGGGUGGUUGAAAAAGCUGGUAGGUCAGAGAUGCAAAUAUUGCUAAACAAUUUGCAGAAAUACAAUUAUGUGGAGUGGCAUAGGAGUUAUGGUACAGAGAACAUUGUGAGUGACUUGUUCUGGACUCAUCCUGAUAGUAGAUUGUAG